GAAAAAAGCAGCAGCUUUCUGGACCUCUCCCUAACCUAUGACAUAACACAACAGCUACAACAGAAGCCCAGACAGGAGGCCAGCAGUGAGGCUUCUAGUUCAAUGGAUAUUCUGGCAUCAUUUUCACUAGAUUCAGGUCCUUCUCCACUAACUACCCCACCACCCGUGGUCCUUGGUGAACAAGGAACAUGCCACCUUUAAUCCUGCUCUGUCUACUGGGAGCCUUGGCUUUCGGAGCUGUCAGUUCCAUGCCAGUGGAUAAAGGAGACCAUAUAGAAGAAAUGGUGACCCGCUGCAUAGUGGAAGUCCUUUCCAAUGCUUUAUCAAGACCAAAUGCUCCUCCAAUAAAUCCAGAGUGCAGGAAAAUCCUGAAGAAGAGUGGACAACAGGACAAAGAUGAAACAGAAAAUGAAAGUGAAAACUCCAAAUUUGCAGUAAGGUUGUUGAGAGACCCAAAUAAUGGGGAAACUCAUACACCAAUGAGUUUGGAGGAAGAAAAGCCAAUAGAGGAAGAAUCUAAAAGGCAAAUGGAAGAAGACAUAGAAAAACUCCAGCAGGAAGAAGAAGAUAAGGAAGGAAGAGGAAAGUACCAAACAAGCCUUCAUCUUCAUGAAGAUCAAGUCCUUAAAGAGGCAAGAAAGCACCAGACUGAAAAUAGCAAUGAAAAAGAAAGGGAAAAGGUAGAAGGGGGAAUUGAGACAUAUAAAAAAGAUGAUCACAGUGAAGAAGGAAGUCAAGAGAAACCUCUCUAUGAAGAGUCAGGAGAAGUUCAGAAUACCUUCCUUGACAAAAGAAACCAAGCCAUAGCUAAGAGCACUGAAGAGUUUUCAGCCAAAAAUAAUAGAUUCUCUAUGGUGCCUCCUGAGAAGACACAUAGCCAGGAAAGAAGCAGUGAAGAGAGUGAGGAGGAUAGUGAGGAUAAUAGCAGCAAGAAACAUGGCUGGGAGCCUAAAAAUCAACACAGAAGUAUAGAAUCAGAUGAAAGUGAAGAGACUGCUGUCUCUGAAGUGAUCAAACGUCGUUUGAAACCUAGACACCAUCACAGAAGAUAUAGACUGGAUCAGUCCUUUGAAGAAAGGAAGGCUCACUCUGAAGAAAGAAGAAACACACUUGAGUCUGAAGAAUCAAAAGAAGAUAAGGACCAUUUCUGGGACAAGAGAAACCACCAUAAAAACAGUUAUGAAGGUCUAGAGGAGGAACCAAGUUAUCAUGAAGAGAAGGGGAAUUACCACAGGAACCAUGGUUCUGAUGAUCUUGAGAAAGAAAGAUAUGAUGGCAGGGCAAGCGAGGAGUAUAGAGAUAAGAGACACGACAAUAUGGAGAGCCAGGAAGAGGAUGAGAAAAGAAGCCAUCGCAACAGACAAAUUGAAGAGGUGAGACAUCACUAUGGUGGAGAAAGUGAGGAGGGGAGGCACUUUGAUGAGGACAAGAGCCGCCAUCAUGGAGAGAGAGAACAAGACCUGGGUGUUCAUUCCACUUAUGGUAGUAGAGGUGAUAAAAGGUAUCCCAGUGAAAGACAGUAUGAAAAAGAAAGCAACAUGGACAAUGAAAGGAGGCAUUCUAAGGGGGGAAAAGAGCAAAACAGAAUCUAUUUGGACCAUGAUAAGAGAAACAGUGAGGAAGGUGAUAUAGAAAAGUGGCAGCAGAUAGAUGAAGAUGGUGAAAAUGAGAGAGAAGAAACCAGGUUUCAAGAAAAAGAACUUGAUGUUAAUCGUGCAGAAGAGAAGAUGAAGAGGCUAGCGAUGUCAUACAGUCCUUAUUAUGAACCGCUUGGGUGGAAGAACAGACAUUUUGAGGAAAAGGACAGAAUGGAUGAUCAGUUUCCCAAGAAUGAAGAGGAAAACAGAUCUCGCCUGAAUGAAAAGACUUUCUUUCCUGACUACAAUGAUUAUGACUGGUGGGACAAAAAGCCAUUUGUAGGAGACAUGAAUCAAGAGCAUACUGAGAAGAGAAAUCUUGCCAGCAUCCCCAAAUAUGAUCUGAAAAGGCAAUAUGACAGAGUCGAUGAACUUGCCCAGCUUCUCAAUUACAGGAAGAAGUCUGCUGAAUUUCCAGAAUUUUAUAACUCUGAUGAAGACAUGAGAAAACACCAGAUGGUCAGAAAUGAGAAUGGUGGCCUCAAUCAGCAGCCUCUGACAGAGGAGGAGGAGAAGGAACUGGAAAACUUGGCUGCAAUGGACAUGGAACUACAGAAAAUAGCGGAGAAAUUCAGUGGUACCCAGAGAGGGUGACCACUCAGAGAACAGUGGUAUAGUGUUCUAUAGAAGUGGGUAGCUUUAAUGUACAUGUAUUCACACUACCUAGUCUUGAUAGAUGCUGCCACCAGAAAGUAUCAUUUACCCAAAGACAGCAAGUUACUGUUCACUCAAUGUAUAGUGCUUUGCACAGCUGGAAAUGUCUUUAUUGUUUUCUAGGAUGCUAUUGGAAUUUGAAUAGCAUAAAUUUUAGCAUAUAAACUUAUAUUUGAACAUGCUUUGUGAUGAGUGUGCUAAUGUCCUUCAGAAAUAUAUUAUGCCUCCUCAUUUGAAAAAAAAAAUAAAAAAAAUUCAGGACCAUC